UCGCCUUUCCCGGCAGCUUCCGCCGGAAGUGACCCCGCCCGCCUGACCGGAAUGGCGGCGCUCGGGCGUGGCGUGUUGGAGGCGGCGGCGGUGCUGGGGGGCGGCGCGGCGGCGCUGGGCGCCCUUCUGGUGGCGAAGGGCGACGCGGAAUUCUACUCUGGGCGCCUGGUUCCGGCGCUGCAAAGGGCCCUGGGCCCCGAGAGCGCGCACCGGGCGGCCCUCCGCCUCCUCUCCCUCCUGGGGCCCCGGGACCCGGCUCCGGCUGAUCCUCCGGCCCUGCAGGUGGAGGCCUUCGGGAGGCGCUUCCGGAACCCCCUGGGGCUGGCUGCCGGCUUCGACAAGGACGGGGAGGCCGUGGACGGACUCUUCCGGCUGGGCUUUGGCUUCGUGGAGGUGGGCACCGUCACCCCGCGGCCCCAGGAGGGCAACCCCCGGCCCAGGGUCUUCCGGCUGGCCCAGGACAGGGCCAUCAUCAACAGGUACGGCUUCAACAGCCAGGGCCACGCGGCCGUGGGGCAGCGGCUCAAGGCCCGGCAGGAGGCCCAGCGCAGCCUGAGCGAAGCCGGACUGCCCCUCGGAAUCAACCUUGGCAAGAACAAGGCUUCGGCGGACGCCGUGGUGGACUACGUGGCCGGAGUCCGGGCACUCGGCCCGCUGGCCGAUUACUUGGUGGUGAAUGUCUCCAGCCCCAACACGGCCGGCCUGAGGGCCCUGCAGGGCAAGGCGGAGCUGCGCCUUCUGCUGACCAAGGUGCUGGCUGAGAGAGAUGCCCUGGCAGUUGAGCCCAAGCCGGCCGUGCUGGUGAAGAUUGCACCAGACCUCACGGCCCAAGAGAAGCGGGACAUUGCCAGCGUGGUCUGCGAGCUAGGUGUUGAUGGACUGGUGGUCACCAACACCACUGUGAGCCGUCCUGACACUUUGCGUGGGGCCUUUCGUGAUGAGGCUGGCGGUCUGAGUGGGCCCCCCUUGCGCCCACUCUCCACUCAGACGGUCCGAGAGAUGUACGCUCUCACCCAAGGACGUGUGCCCAUCAUUGGCGUGGGUGGUAUCUGCAGCGGGAAAGAUGCCUUGGAGAAGAUCCGGGCAGGGGCCUCCCUGGUGCAGCUCUACACGGCCCUUACUUACCAGGGGCCACCCGUGGUGCGGACUGUGAAGCAGGAGCUGGAGGCCCUCUUGAGGGAGCAGGGCUUCCGGAGCGUCCAGGAUGCUGUGGGUGCGGAUCACCGCUUCUGAGGAGCCCUGGCACAGCCUUGGUGUGGAUCCGCAGGGGCACAGGGCAGGCGGGGCGUGUGCAGCUGAGGCUUGGCUGCCCCUCCACUCACUGCCCUCCGCCUGGAGAGGGACUUGCAACCUGAUGCUCCGUGUUCCUGGCACAGAACAAAUAUUGAUCUGGGCAAGGAGACUGGCAUCGGAACGCACCUGGAGGGUGUGGCGGACAGCUGUUCAAUCAAGAGGACAAGCUAAAGGAGUCCCUGGUGUGGCUGUGUAGGGUCCGUCCUCCUUUGCAGGGUCCUCUUGCUCCCUCCACAGACCCUGAGAAGCCGGGGGCAAGUGGGGCUCUGCAGGACUUGAGGCUUCCCUAUGGCAGAAGGGAGCGUUCAGCUGCCUGGAUUUCUCAAUAAAGCUUUUCCUGUGUAAUCUU